GUUUUGGCUAUAAAAGCCGGACGUGUUGACCACAGACGGUACCUUCUGCACCACAGCACCGACGUCUUCACGUGACCUCAGCCAACACAACCAGCAUCAUGAUGACCAAACUCGCCAUCUGCCUGUUCGCCAUGCUGUUUAUCCAGCUGUCUGUUCAACAGACUACCCCAGCCACUGAGAUCUGCUCCCAAGCACCAGACGCCGGAUCAUGCAGAGGUGUGUUUCCACGAUUCUACUACGACCCAGUAAGCGGUACUUGUGCUGAGUUUUUCUAUGGCGGAUGUGGCGGCAACUCUAACAACUUCCUCACUGUUGAAGAUUGCCAGGCCCUCUGUAAACCAGCUAGACCACAGACGGUACCUUCUGCACCACAGCACCGACGUCUUCACGUGACCUCAGCCAACACAACCAGCAUCAUGAUGACCAAAUUCGCCAUCUGCCUGUUCGCCAUGCUGUUUAUCCAGCUGUCUGUUCAACAGACUACCCCAGCCACUGAGAUCUGCUCCCAAGCACCAGACGCCGGAUCAUGCAGAGGUGUGUUUCCACGAUUCUACUACGACCCAGUCAGCGGUACUUGUGCUGAGUUUUUCUAUGGCGGAUGUGGCGGCAACUCUAACAACUUCCUCACUGUUGAAGACUGCCAGGCCCUCUGUAAACCAGCUAGAAAAUAACAAGUUUGUCCCCAUCAUUUACAAACUGAUUUAGGAUUCCUGCCAAUCUAUUUGGAUCACGAUUUUUUUUUUUGAAAAACAAUUCCGAAACUGAAAUGAGUUAAUAAAUUUGUUAAAAUGCAA